AAUUGCACUGUACUGUAUUCUGUAAAAGGCUUUGCAUCUUCCGAACACACGCGACGUAACCGGAAGUUACAGGAGGAGGGGGAAGUGCCGAGGACCCCAUGAUAUGCUAUGUGUGUCACCGGCUUUCAGAAGAGACGCAUCUUCAAGACAAAAGAGCUACCUUUCUAAUCAAAAGGAUUUGAAACCAAGACUUCAAAAAGAAAGACAAAAACACAGGAGGAGGAUGUCCAUUUCUUAACCAGCAUGGAGCAAGGAACAACUCUGUUCAAAGUAGAGGACUGUGAAUCGGACCCUCUCUAUCUUGAGCAAAAUAAUCUGCAGAUUAAGAAAGAGGACACUGAAUGGGAGACCUCAGGUUUUGAGCAGGGAAAUGUCACCAUUAAAAAUGAACAUUCUGAACAAGUGUCUUUCAACUUUAAGACACACAGCAAUGACAUUGUAAAAAGUUGCAAAGAAGAUGUCUCCUCGGGAAACCUCUCUCUUGCAAGUUCUUGCCUGGCACUUAAACAAGAGGUACCUGAUUCUGCCUUAAUUCCAAUGACAAAGUGCUCUCCUCAGAAUCAUUCUGUGUGCAUGAAGCUAGACAUACCAGAGUGUGAUACCAAAGUUACUGAGCAAAUAUGCAACAACAACACAGAAGAGAAAGAAGAGCCAUUAUCUGCUAGUCAGCCUGGAAAAUAUUUACAAGAAAGUAUUAACUAUUCACCAUCUUCAUUUACUGUGGCUAAUCAUCUUGAUGACAAUUUCACAAAAUGGACUUUUGCCUCAGAAACCAGUAGUUUAACGGCUUACAGCAACAACGCCCCAAGCACAGGCCAUCUUCCAAAACAUAAGAAAACUCGCUCUGGAUUCUCAGACAGAUUCAGUGUUGAGACUUACACAAGACUCCAUACUGAAGAGAAAACCCAUUGCUGCUCUGAAUGUGGGAGACGAUUCUCACGACCAGGUAAACUUCAGAAUCAUAAAAGAAUUCAUACAGGAGAGAAGCCUCAUUGCUGUGCUGAAUGUGGCAAACAGUUCUCUUUAAAAAACAGUCUUAAAACACACUUAAGGAUACACACAGGAGAAAAGCCACAUAGCUGUUCUGAAUGUGGCAAACGAUUUUUGCGCAUCAGCAAUCUAAGGAUACACAUGAGGAUUCACACUGGAGAAAAGCCACAUUGUUGUUCUGAAUGUGGGAUGAGAUUCUCACGUAUAAGUGAUCUAAAGAGACAUAUGAGAAUUCACACUGGAGAAAAGCCACAUUACUGUUCUGACUGCGGUAAACGUUUCUCACAACCUGGUCAUCUUCAAAAUCACAAAAGAAUUCACACUGGUGAGAAACCACAUUGCUGUUCUGUAUGUGCCAUGAGAUUUUCCCGGUUAAGUGAUCUUAAGACACACAUGAGAAUUCACACUGGAGAGAAGCCACAUUGCUGUUUUGAUUGUGGUAAACAGUUUUCACAAAUUGGGAGUUUAAAGACGCACAUAAGGACUCAUACUGGAGAGAAGCCACAUUGCUGUUCUGAAUGUGGGAAACAAUUCUCACGUGUAAGCAAUCUUAAGACACAUAUAAGGAUUCACACUGGUGAAAAGCCACAUUGUUGUACUGAGUGUGGAAAACGAUUCUUACAACUCAUCCACCUCCAGAAUCACAAAACUAUUCACACAGGAGAGAAACCACAUUGCUGUUCUAAAUGUGGAAAAAGAUUCUCACAAGAAAGUAGUCUUGAAACACACAUGAUGAUUCACAGUGGAGGGUGCAAGGUAGCAAAACAACUGUUUAAAAAGAUUGGACCUGCAAAAAUGAACAGAUAAAGUGUCAGUUAUGCUAAAUACUUACUCCAGUUGUUUGUGGAAUAAAACCUGACACAUAGGUGACUAGAAAAUGUGAAAGAAAAACAAGGCAAGUGCAUAUUCUGUCAAAUUGGACUAGAAAAGAAUAUAUAUUUUUGUAAUGUGCAAGGUGGUAAAAACGCCAAGAAAUUUAUACCUUAAGUCAUCAGAUUUCAUAAACAUAAAUUCGACCAAAAAUAAAACGUGUACCAAAAAUGUUGGGAUUUCAAACCAUAAAUAAUGAAAUAGAAUGAGUCUGUACUAAAUACAUGCCAUGUACCAGUUUAUAGAGAGGUGGAAAAUAAUGAUAGUGUCUGAAAAUAAGAAACUUUAAAAAAUGCAGUUUACAAUAAACUCAAUAAACUAAACAUGAAAAAAGUUGAAUCUGUUAUUUCAGAAUUGUAGCUGUACAGAAGACUUUAAACCCCUUCAUCCAGAUUUAAUAUUCAUUUUCUAUUUCAAUUGGACUCUGCAGGCGUGUUUAUAAAGACAAAAACUAUAGGAUGAAUGAAAAAAUAUUUAAGGGAAUGGAUAUUUUUUAUCAUGUAAGACAGAUAUAGAUAGAGCUUUAUUUGUCCACAGUGUUAAUAAUGAAGAUAAAAUACACUACCAUUCAAAGUUUUGGGGUCACCCAGAAAUUUCAAUUUUUUGAUACAAUUAAGUUGAUUUACAGAUAGAGCCAAGGUGUUACUGGUGUUUCUAAUAGCUAUUAGUGCUUGAAACCACUCAUUUUUAACUCAUUAUUCACAUAUGGCUGUAGUAGUAGGGUGUUGUAUCAUGUUAGCCAUUAUGGAUGUAAUGAGAAGGCAUUCAUAAUGACCCCUUUUAUUGGCUAACUAAUAAUAUUACAAUAUGCAAGCUUUUGAGGCAACGUGUCAUUUUGCUUGACUUCUCAUUACAUCACAUAUGGCUGGAAAUCCCUAUUUUCAGCAGCCAUUCUUUCAGUAUCCUAAAGUCAACUCAGCACUGCUGAAACCUGCCAUUCAGUUUACUU